GAAAACCGAGCGAGAGACAAACCACUACACUUGUUCUUCUCUCUCUCUCUCUCUGUGUUUUUUAUUUCAUAACCAUCUAUCUACCUAUACCUGCCUGUUGUGUGUGUGUAUGGAUAAAAAACGUAACUUUUUCGGUGGAUAUCGCCACGCCAACAAAAGUAUGCCCAAGCUUACGGGACAUACUCGACAAAAAAGCAUCAAGGAAGCCGACGACGACGACGAUGACGAUGAAACAAUUCAGAAAACUCAAAUUGAAACAGCACUGGAGAAGGCUAAUGCAGCCGUGCUACUCGAUUCAGCAAAUGAUUUCCGAGGCGCUGUUCGAGCGUACGAAGAAGCUGUUGCCUUGUUGCAAGAUGUCUUGGCAACAGAUCCGCUCCGCAACGAUCGUCUUCGAUUACAAAAGAUUAUGGUGCUGGUGGUGGUUUCUUCUCUUUGUGUGCGAGAAAAGUUAAUGCACUGCAUAAUUUCCAAGGGGAAGAAUGUAAUACAAUAGCAUGGUUGUAUUCCCGACGUGGGGUUUGGGAGAAGCCUUUAGGAAAGAGAAGGAAGAAGAGAGUGUGGAGUGACCCAAGAAGGGGGAGGAAUUCACUUUUGCAAAGAAAAAGAGAACGGAGGGGCGAUCGAGGAAUAAAAGAAAAACCUGAAUGACGAUCACAGUGAUGAUUACUACGACUAUAAUAAUGAUGAAAUACGUCUUCUUCCUUUUUCUUCUGA